CUGUUGGACGAUGCACGAAAUUUGAUAGGGAUGAUCCAAAAAGACUGCCUUGGGUCUUUCAAGACAGCGUGGGAAGGGCUGGAAAUACAAGUGAAGGCUGCACAUUGGCAGCGUUUAGCGCUCUGGUUGCUCCAGCGUUCACCACUUGCCAUGCCGGAGUUCUUAUAUAUAACUGCACAGAGCAGCCAUAAGCCAGACUGCAGAAUGGUUGUGGAUUGUUUUCAGUUUUUAGCCACUCACUAUCCCGAGGAAUGGGUAUAUUGGAGCAAAGGGUCUCUCACACAUGCGUCAGUUAUACAAACCUGUCUAGAUCGCAAAAAUUGGCCCAUUGCCAAGGUGCCUCAGAACUCUUUCCGGCUUUACAUGGCCUGUACCGAUUACAGCGGGCUAUGCAACGUUCUUCAAUGGAUGAAAGAGGGUCAUAACUUGGGUGGUUGGAACAUUCUGAAUCUUGUCAGGGGUUUCGUCAAACACCAGGAUGCUGAACGGGCACUAGAGGCCUUUCAGUACAUCGCCACGCUCAAUGAUGAACGGUUCAAUAUGGACUCCUCAGGGGUUAUGCGCCAUUGUUGUAAAAUUCUGACACUUGACUCGGUGGCAGAUGGGCCGAACGGCCGCAAUUUUCGCAUUCUUCCGAAACUUCUUGAGAUGGGAAUUCGACCUGACAGGGACAUGAUGAACCUCGUCCUUCUCAAUGCAUUCAGGACAGGCGAUCCCCAGCUGGGGCUUGAUGUGUUGGAUUUUAUGCAAAACCGCAGUUACGAUUUCGAUGCUUAUACGUAUAGCAUACUACUCACUGAUGCCGUCGCCCGCGGCGAUCGAGAACGUGUUUCAACAUUAAUCAAGGAAAUUGAGGGCCUUCCGGAGAUUCGCAGAAAUUCCCAUGUCGCAAGCAAACUUAUGCACGCUUAUUAUGCUUUCGUGGCAAAGAACAUGGACGCUGAAAUUGAACCGAGCCGGAUCUUCUACGCUAUGCUGGAUCUCUACGUCGAGUUAUACGACAUCACCCCCUUGAAGGAACUCCUCCUCGUCCCGUCCGAGUAUACACCUACAGUGAAGGGCCUCAACGAGCAGCCGACCUUAAUAGCAUUAUUCCUAGUUAUCGCCACAUAUUUCCGUUGUCAGCGUCGCUAUCAGCACGUCGAGCGCAUUUACUUGAGGUUCCGGGGUCUUGUGCUGCAGGGCCACAAGCAUUUUGCUCCGCUGGCAGCAACGGAUCAUACAUAUAAUGUGUUCCUCACUACCUUACGUGAUAACCCUCAUGGAAUGCGACUCUGUGUACGAAUCGUCCAAGAUAUGUUGCAAUCACCCCCCACCAUCACAGUCAAGGACGAGUCUGAGAAAAGAACCAUCAACCAUGUAAAACCUGCUGCUCAGACAUGGACGAUCUUACUCGGCGCAUUCCUCUACAACAAGCAGCCGUAUGCGGCGGAAAAAGUUAAGGAAAUGAUGGCUAAACACAACAUCGAAUAUAACCAGGUCGUCUGGAAUACCGUCAUCAACGGCUACGCAAACGCCCAGAAUAUCCCGGACCUUGCCAUGGCAAUCCGGACAAUGGAAGAGCAGGGAUUCGUGGUCGAUGAGUAUACCAUGAGGAGUCUGCGCUACCUGCAUAACCCUGAACGACUGUGGGAGGUUAUGGAUGAGUUCGAUCAGGUCGAAUCCAUGAGUCGCGAAGAAGCGAAAGUCAGGGAACAGAAGCCCCCUGAGCCACGGGUAACCAGAUCUCCAGAGGAAGAAGCGGCGAGAGAACAUGAGGAACUACUCGAGCAAGGUUUGCGACGUUUGAUUGAGAAAAAGAAAGCCAAGUAUUAG